UUGAACUAUCUUUUUUUCCCUUUUUUUUUUCUUAUAAACUAAUACCAUGUCGACUCUUGACUCCUUCAUUUCAAAAAGAAAGCAACACCAAAGACGUGAUACGGCAACAACGACUAAUAAACUAGUCAAAGCGUCUAUCAACCCAUCUAUUGCUUUCAUUGAACCACAACUUACAGAUCUCUCACCAGUAAAACCAUCACCAGUGCUGAUAGGCAAUAAAAGCAGCAAUACCACUCAUAAAAAGAAAAAGGCAGUAAACACAAAGAAGCAAAAUAAUACUAUUACCAAGUAUUUGAUACCAAAUUCUUCAAAUAAUAAAGAUAAAGAAACAACUGAAGAAGAAGAAGAAGAAGAAGAAGAAGCGAUUAUUGCAGUUGUACGUAAACCAACACCACAUGCAGAUAUUUGGAAAGAAUUAUUAAUAGAGUACUGUAAUGAUGAUGAAGAAGAAGAAGAAUGUAGAAUUUAUACUGUUCGUGAACGAAUAUCUCAUGCAGACAUUUGGAACGAACUGUUGAACGCCUAUGGUAAUAACGACGAAGACGAUGGUCUUGAAAUAAUGACUUCAAACAAGAGAAAGAAUCAAGAAAUUGAUAAAAUCAUGAAGCGACAAAGAAUUAUCACUCCCAUUCGCCCACCUGUUCGUCAUAAGCUGUCGAUUGAAGAGUCACAGUCAUAUGUAUCUGAUAUUAUGUGUAAAUUUCUUUGUUAAAUAAACUUAAUACAGGAAGCUCCAUAUUUCUAAACCUAUGCAUUCAAAUGCAUUUGUCACAGUUAACGCAGGAUUAUCAAAUGUGGCACAUGGUUCGGUAUAACCAUGAAGAAGAUCUGAGUGAAGACAAAGGCCAAAGCCGCCUUCGCCAUUUCCUAUGGCUAAUAUAUCUUGAUCAGAGUAAAUCAUGUGGUUGUUUUUGCUUGUCCAGCUAUAGAGACACACUUUCUGAGCUUGUUUAUUCCAUAAAAAG